AAGCUUCUGAAACCACAGCAUUCGAGUGUGCGACGGCGGCACGUACAGUUUGAAACCUCGCAAACCCCAAGCAAGUCCCAGUUUUAAAUAUUUCCGUCUCAAGUGAGCUGCGCUGAGCACCGAUGUUUGCGCACACGGGUGCUAGAGUGCAUGGCGUAAUUGCGGAAUAAUAUACUAUUUUCAUUUAACGACUAUUUAGUCAUAAAAAGUGCAAAGUGAUUAUCGGACGCGCAUGUAAAUAUUCGGAUUCGUCAAUAAUAGUUUUCACACUAACACAAAACCGCCAAGUUAUUUCCGUGGAAAAAAAUAAAUAAAUAGUCAGUUAACAAAAUUAGACAUAGAUAAUUAAAAUGUGCUCGGUUAAGGCGAACGUGAAAACUUCCACCUUGCAAGGUUGUGAUAAUUACGGUUCGGAUGUAACGCUAGAUAUACCGCCGGGUGGCCUCUAUACAGGCUCCACGGAUUGCAUUGUCGACGAAGAGGAUGCGAAAAAUCAACGCGACUGCUGCUCGGCCACUGGAGAUUGGCUGAAGGACACUGCCUCGAAUGUGUUUCGCAAAAAGAACCUGUACAAACGGUUACCCAUCUUAGAGUGGUUACCGAAAUAUGAUCGAAAUGAUGUUGUGGGUGAUUUGGUGGCCGGUAUAACGGUCGGUUUAACUGUGAUACCUCAAGGCCUGGCAUUUGCAGGCAUAACAGGUUUGGAAUUGCAAUAUGGCCUGUACAGCUGUUUCAUGGGUUGCUUCAUCUAUGUGCUUUUUGGCACAAGCAAAGAUGUACCGGUUGGCCCCACGGCCAUUGCGGCGCUGCUCACUUUCCAAAUAGCGCGCGGUGAUUUGGUGAAGACAAUAUUGCUGACAUUCCUAACGGGUAUAAUUGAGAUGCUGAUGGGCUUAUUGAAAUUGGGUUUCCUCAUAGACUUCGUAUCGGGUCCUGUGAGUGCGGGCUUUACUAGCGCCGCCUCGUUGAUCAUAUUUACCUCGCAACUGAAGGAUUUGCUCGUCGUGAACACCGCCGGCGACACUUUGGUGGAUAUGUGGAUUUCCAUUUUCAAGGACUUUAACAAUAUUAGCUGGAAUGAUGCCGCGCUGGGUAUAAGCUCUGUUGUGCUGCUACUCGCCAUGCGUGCCAUGACUUUUGUCGAUAUCGGUCCCAAGGAGGGCAAGAAAAGCUGGCAGCGCUUACUACAGAAGACCAUAUGGUUAAUUGGCACCUCGCGCAAUGCCGUGCUCGUGGUUUUGGUCGGACUGCUGGGCUUUCAAUUAUUGCAAUCAGAUAUCGACAUCUUCCGUAUGGUGGGUUAUGUGCCUGAUGGUUUGCCGGAGUUUAAAGUACCAGCUUUCUCGACAACCACUUUCACGAAUACAACGAGUGGUGAACUUAUUGAAAUGCAUGAGAGCUUUAUCGACAUGGUUAGCAGUUUGGGCGCAGGUCUGAUCGUAAUACCGCUCGUCUCACUGUUGGAAACAACAGCACUCAUACAGGCGUUUGCUGAUGGCAAACCUUGCGACGCCAAUCAAGAGCUCAUUGCCAUCGGUCUUUGCAAUGUGGGCACAUCUUUCGCCCAAGGCUUCCGUGGUAAUGGUCCCUUGGCGCGUGGCGCUGUCUUGAAUGCCAGUGGUGUUAGGACACAAAUGUCGAAUUUGUAUACGGGGCUUAUCGUUAUCUUCGCUUUACUCUAUUUCACACCUGCCUUCUUCUACGUGCCGAAAGCAGCCUUGGCGGCGAUUAUUGUCUCGGCGACGAUAUUCAUGGUGCAGUAUCGCGUAGUCAAGCCAAUGUGGCAUAGCAAAAGAACCGAUCUCAUUCCCGGUCUGGGUGCAUUCAUUGCAUGCAUUGUAUUGCCUGUUCAAAUCGGCAUUUUGGUCGGCAUGGCUAUCAAUAUCGUCUUCAUUUUGUACAGCGCUGCGCGUCCUAAACUACGUAUCGAAACGUUAGAAGCAUCGAAUGGCAUCAAGUAUCUCAUGCUCACACCUGAUCGCUGCCUCAUCUUCCCAUCGGUGGAGUUCGUGCGCAAUGUGAUCAACAAGCACAGCCGCAAGUCGACGCUCCCAGUCGUCAUCGACUGCACCUACAUUUAUGGCGCCGACUUCACCGCCGCCAAGGUCGUCUCAAUGCUAAUCAAGGACUUCGAGACGCGCAAUCAAAAGCUCUACUUCUACAAUCUACAAGCGCGUGUAUCGCAGGUAUUCGAGGGUCUCAACAAGGGCCUGAUUGUUAUCUACGACGUGGAGCAUUUGGAAAUGGUGCUCGCUGGCAAGGAAUUGGAUGCCAAGUCAUGAGUGAUGCACGUAUUAAGGAGUGAUUGAACUAUUCUCACAGCGAAAGUAUUAUUGAAAGAGGCGCAUGACGCUCGAAACUUAGUACGAGUACUUAUCACGCAUUAUGCAACAACAAAUAUAAUAAAAUUAAAAAUAUUUGCUCGCAUUUUUUUCGAUUAUUAUUCGCUAAUUGAAAUAUUAUAUUCAGUAAUUGCUGACGCUUUGUAUUAUAAAUGUAGUAUUAUUAAUUUUCUAAAAAAGUCAUUGUAGCUAAUUAGCGAAGAUUAUUUGCGAAGCAUACAUAAUUUCAUAUAUAUAAAACUUCAUGUAGUCUAUAUUAAUUAUAUAUUUGCUGAUUGAAUUAAAGUGUCACUAAUUCACAUCUAAUACACAUAAAUAUAGAUUCAUAUAAUUAUGGCUAACUUGGAAAAAUUACCUAAUUAGAACACAUUUGUAUGUAUAUAUAUAUUCCACAAAUUAGUUAAUUAAUUAUCGAAAUUAUCAUAUACGUAUAGUGCAACGAUCUUAAUACAAAUAAACCUUUGCUUGUAAAUAUGGUUGAU